GGAAAAGGGGUUUUCCCGGUUGGGGCUGCAGGUGGCCGAGAGGCACAGGGGUCGGAAGACUGGCGAAGGCAGGACCAGCCGGUAGCCUGAGCUGGAGCCGGAGCCGGAGCCGCAGCCGCAGCCGCAAUAACGAGCUGCGAGGCCUCCACUAGGGUCUCCAAAUCCUGGGCGCACACACACGUCCACCGCCCCUCGGCCAGGCUCAGUAACCCAGGAACAGGACACGCUCCCGUGGACGCGGGUACUCCGAAAAAGUUGUGCCGUCCUACACUCCCGCCACACUGACACGGGCAUGCGGAUACACAAAAGCAGGGCGUUGUAGCGCAAUGACGCCGACACGCGUGCAGACACAUGGAGACACAGUUUGCAAACUGGAGGGAAGAAAAGCAUCCCCAUACACGGGGAAGAGUGGGGAAGGAGUCGAGUCCUAGGCCCGGGGCUGGGUGGAUACAGCCCCAGGCCCCCUCUCCCCAGCUGUCCAAAGUCCAAAGCACGGGCUAGCCGGAGUGGAGGGCUCUACGUCCCCAGGGACUGAGAGCAGGAGGACCCCCCUACAGGAGGAAUCUCCCCCAAAAGCCCCAAAGACCGAAUCAAAAGUCUCUCUCCCUCCCGGGCCUCCAGAAAAUCCCUGGGGAGCCCCAGCCCGUGGGAGGGGAGGAAAAAGGAAAGGAGGCUGGGCCAGUAAAGAGAAGGGCAAUCGGAGCCUAGGAGGGAGUCGGGGCCAAGAUCGAGGACCUCUUUGUGCUUGCAAAUAUUACCCCUGGCCUGUAAAGGCGAGCUCUGAGCUGGAGACCCAGGGCCCUCCCUUCCUCCUACUGAAAUCCUCAGCCUGCUCCAGCCCUAGUCUUCUCCUUCAUCCCCCCAUCAACCCCUCUGGCGUGGGGGGUGGGGCGGUGGAGGUGGGGAGAAGGGCUUCUCGGAUGGGUGCCAGAAGGCCAAAGCCCACAGUUUCCCUCAGAGCCAGGGUCCCGUGGGGGAGUGGAAAAGAGAAAGGAAAGAAGGAAGAGCCACCUCGAAUCCCAGCCGGGCCCUCCCUCCCUGGGCUGGACCCACACGUCAUUUCCAGGCCCACCCCCUCCCCUGGCCCCUCCUCUCUCUGGUAUUUUCGGGACUUUCCUGAGCUGCUCUAACUUUCCUGCCCUCCCAGCCCCCGCCUGCCCACAGCUCUCGGGCUCUCCCCUAUUCCAGUCCGGCAGGAGGAGGGACCCUCUGUCCCUCACCCUCAGACUCCUGGCUGCCCCCAUAGGCCUGGCCUGAGGGGUGCCCCUCCACACCCACAAGCUCAGGUAGGAGCCUCGGCGGUACAGCGGCAGCAGAAGCUGGACAGAGCCCAGCUCUAAAACAUGGACGAUUGCUAUGGCCCAGGUCUGGACGGUAUCAUUGACUAUGAAGAUUUCCGAUUCAACUCCCCAGUAGUGGAUCGAAGAGAAGUCCCAGAGGAGACGGGUGAGGGCCCCUACCUGGUCAUCGUGGAACAGCCCAAGCAGCGUGGCUUCCGCUUUCGCUAUGGCUGUGAGGGUCCCUCCCAUGGGGGGCUGCCCGGAGCCUCCAGUGAGAAAGGCCGUAAAACGUACCCUACAGUUAAGAUCUGUAACUACGUGGGACCAGCCAAGAUCGAGGUGGACCUGGUCACACACAGUGACCCGCCCCGAGCCCAUGCCCACAGCCUGGUGGGGAAACAGUGCACGGAGCUGGGAGUUUGCGUGGUGUCUGUGGGGCCCAAGGACAUGACGGCCCAGUUUAACAACCUGGGCGUCCUGCACGUGACCAAAAAGAACAUGAUGGAGAUCAUGCUGCAGAAGCUCCAGAGGCAACGGCUCCGCUCUAGACCGCAGGGCCUCACGGAGGCCGAACGGCGGGAGCUGGAGCAGGAGGCCAAAGAACUGAAGAAGGUGAUGGAUCUGAGCAUCGUCCGGCUUCGCUUCUCCGCCUUCCUUAGGGCCAGCGAUGGCUCCUUCUCACUCCCCCUUCCGCCAGUCAUCUCCCAGCCCAUCCAUGAUAGCAAAUCCCCUGGAGCCUCCAACCUGAAGAUCUCGCGCAUGGACAAGACGGCGGGAUCCGUGCGGGGUGGGGACGAGGUUUAUCUUCUCUGUGACAAGGUGCAGAAAGAUGACAUUGAAGUCCGCUUCUACGAGGAUGACGAGAAUGGCUGGCAAGCCUUUGGAGACUUCUCCCCCACCGACGUUCACAAACAGUAUGCUAUUGUGUUCCGGACACCCCCUUAUCAUAAGAUGAAGAUUGACCGUCCGGUGACUGUCUUCUUGCAACUAAAGAGGAAGCGAGGAGGGGAUGUUUCUGACUCCAAACAAUUCACCUACUACCCCAUGGUGGAAGACAAGGAAGAGGUUCAGCGGAAGCGGCGGAAGGCCCUACCCGCCUUUUCCCAGCAUUUCGGAGAUGGUUCCCACAUGGGUGGAUCUGGAGGAGGUUCAGCUGGAGGCUAUGGAAAUGGAGGAGGAGGUGGUGGUCUCAGCUUCUUCCCCACAUCCUCCCUGAACUACAGCCUGUACUCUACUGGGGCCCCCCCAGUGGGCAGUUACUCUGGGGGGGCAGGAGUCCAGAUGUCUGGUGAGAGCGAGGGCACAACUGAUGGUGAGGGGGAAAAGCAGACACACUCCGAUUCCCCUGGCCGUCCCCCACCCCAUGGAUCUCAGGCCUUGAAGAUGCUACGGGAAGCUCGACAAUACAACCUACAUAUGUUUGGGCUGGCCCAGCGCAGCGCCCAGGCUUUGCUGGACUAUGGAGUUACGGCGGAUGCCCGAACCCUCCUGGCUGGGCAGUGCCACCUGCUGAGGGCCCAGGAUGAGAACGGAGACACGCCUCUGCACUUGGCCAUCAUUCACGGGCAGACAGACGUCAUUGAACAGAUGGCUCACGUCCUCUUCCGGGUCCCCCACCUGGGCAUUGUUAACCUCACCAACCACUUGCACCAGACGCCCCUCCAUCUGGCUGUGAUCACGGGGCAGAGCCGCGUGGUCAGCUUCCUCCUGGACGUAGGGGCUGACCCCACCCUGCUGGACAGACACGGGGAUUCCGCCCUCCACCUGGCGCUCCGGGCUGGCAGUCCUGUCCUCCUGCAGGCCCUCCUUUGCCACGCAGGGCCGGCUCUUCCCCGGUUGCUGCUCAUGCCCGAUUAUGAGGGCCUGUAUCCGGUGCACCUGGCAGUGCGCGCCCACAGUCCAGAGUGCCUGGACCUGCUGGUCAGCAGCGGGGCAGAUGUGGAGCUGGCAGAGCGGCAGGGCGGCCGCACUGCCUUACACCUGGCCACCGAGGCGGAGGAGCUGGGGCUGGUGAGCCACCUCCUCACCAAGCUUGGUGCCAACGUGAAUGCCCAAACGUUCGCUGGAAACACCCCCCUGCACCUUGCAGCUGGGCUGGGCUCCCCGACCCUCACCCGCCUGCUCCUCAAAGCCGGAGCCGACGUACAGGCUGAGAACGGAGAGCCCCUGCGCCCACUGCCCUCCCCCCCCAACUCGGGCAGCGACUCGGAGUCCGACGGGGCCGAGGAAGGAAGCGGAAGGAGCUACCACGGCCACACGCCCCUGGACCUCACCCGGAGCGCCAAGGUCAGGACGCUGCUGCUGAAGGCCGCCCAGGAGACCACGGAGCCGCCCCAGAGCCCGCCCAGUCCCCCAGGCCCAGGUCUGUCCCUGGGGGCCGCGGCCUUGCAGGGCCUGGAGCGACUACUGGACGGGCCAGGAGGUGGAGGAGACUGGGCCGAGCUGGCCGAGAGGCUGGGGCUGCGCAGCCUGGUGGACACGUACCGCAGUACGGCCUCCCCCAGCGGCAGCCUGAUCCGGAGCUACCAGCUGGCCGGAGGGGACUUGGCUGGCCUGCUGGACGCCCUGGCGGCCAUGGGGCUGGACGAGGGCGUGCGGCUCCUGCAGGGCACCGAGCCCAGGGACAAGCUUCUGAGCACGGAGGUAAAGGAGGACAGUGCGUACGGCAGCCAGUCCGUGGAGGAGGAGCAGGAGAAGAUGAGCCUGGGCCCCGCACCCCCCGGGGAGCUCCCCCACAGGCACCCCGAGGAGCAGGUGCACUGAUCCCAGUCGUGCCUGCAGCCAGGGCAAUGCUUCGUCCAGCCCCGCGCCAGUCCCCGGAGGCGCCCGCUGUACAGAUCCCCUCCCCUGCGCCCGCGCCCUUAUUUAAUGCCCCGAUUGGUCUUUUGGUCCUCAUGAAUAAAGGUUGGGGGGCUGGGGUCCCGCCCGCCCCGCCCAA